AUGUCCAACGGUAGUGACCAAAAUCCGCAGCAUGUAUUACCGAGUCAAAUUACCCCACCACUUUUAAUGAUCCCAACAUCAGGACCAACUAUAUCUGAACCAACAACAAGAACAACAACCACAACCGCAACCGCAACCACAACCACAAAUACGAAUACGAAUGCAGACACAAACACAAACACAAGCACGGCAACAUUACCAUCUACGAAUGUUGCACCACAACUACCGUCAUUACUUUCAACUUCGACUUCAACUAGUAAUACCUCAACAACUCCAGUGCUUCCUGCAACAAACCCUACUCCAACGUCUGUACGAAGCAUGUCUAUUGUUAGUUUGGAUAGAAGUCCCAGAAAUUCAAUUGUAUCUACCGAUGACAAUCUACGUUCACAUACUAGAAAUAACAGUACCACUAGUUUAGCAUCAUUGACGAGUCAUCCUGUUGCAGUACAUGGGUUAAGUUCUGUUAAUCUGGCACAUCCUUUAAACCCUUUACAUGUUCAUCAUAAACAAAUGAGUAAUGGCAGUGCCAUAAUAUCGGAUGAUGAUUCUGAAUUGGACCAGACAACACCUUCAAGAACAAUACUAAAACCAAUUCGUCGACUUAAAAGAAGAAGCAAUAGUAAUGAUCCGAUUAACCGAGAUUUCAAACUUAAAUUUGAUGACAGAAGUGUACAUCAUAUAAACCAACAACAACAACAACAACCCACAUCCCCCACUUUAAUGACCACUAACCCACAAAGUCUCAAUGCAAGUCCAACUUCAGUUUCUCUGUCACGAUUUCAAGAUCUUGCCCCAAUUACUAUUAGUAAUAGUUCCAACAAUACAAAUCCCCCAUUAGACUCCAAAAAUUUGAAAAAACUCAAAUCAACAAAUUUAAUUCAACAAUCAAUGUAUAUUAAACGGAAAUUGGCAAUUUCAAAAGAUUUACAAAUUGAAUAUUUUAAUAGUGUUUCCCACAACAACAAUAAUAGCAUACAUUCACUAGCUACAACUACCCCUUCAUCAUCUCCACCACUGCCACCACCAUUAUCACCACCUUCUAUUUCUAGUGAAUUAUUAGAUUCCAAAUUUUUCCCUCCUUUACCACUGGCAUUAAUGUCACGAAAAUCAACAGCGUCACCACCAAUCCCCAUGUCAUUAAUUCCUCCAAAUCAACCAAUUUUGCAAACAUUACAAGAACAAAAUGAAUUGAUUAUUAAAUUAAAUCGGCGUUGGAAUAAAGCUAGUGUAAAUGAAUCCAAUAAGGGGAAACAACAACAUUUGAAACCAGAUACUCCAGGAUCUCCAAUAUCAGCUGGUCUGAUAAUAAACACAAACGCAAACACAAGAGCAACAAAUACAACGACAACCAACACAACUAUGUUACCACCAUCUAGUAAUAAUAGUGCUACUAUUUCAAAUACAACAAUGACUUCACGAAAACGAUCACGACAAGUUCUUCUUGAUGAAGAUUAUGAAUAUCAUAGUUAUGACGAUUAUAAUUACGACAGUUAUGAUGAUUAA